AUCGAAUAUUACAGCUCUAUUUUCCAUAAUUUUAUCUAAAACCCUGGGAGAAUAAAACCUGGAACUUCAUAUCCCCUAUUGCCAACACCGCCGCAGUUCUUCCCUACACCGCCGUCGCCUUUCCAUCUUCUUCGUAUUCCGCCGCCGUAGAAGGACGGGAUCGCUUCUGUAGAAUAUUCAUCUUGCAGAGGUUAAACAAAACAGGUUCUCUUUUGUUUCAUUUUGGUAGGCGAUGGCGGAUUUCUACUUUGAUGAGAUAAUCAAAGUGGUCAAGAUUGAUAACCAAGCAGUAUAUGACAAAGUUUCCAGAAUAAAUGCAACGAGUGAAGAAAAUGGUUAUUAUUUGGAAUUAGAUGUGCACUCUGAGCUGUAUCCUAUGCGUCCCAAAGAGAAAUACCGGAUGUUGAUUUCUAACACUCUGCAUAUGGAUGGUUCAGCUGUUGCAGGCUACUUUCCUGAGGGGGAGCCAAAAUCACUUGCAGAAAAAUUUGAGUACGUGAUGCAUGGUCUUCUGUAUAAGAUGGCGGAGUCUCAAGAAAAGACUGACGGGAAUGAUGAUGUAAAAGUGAAGGUUUUUAUUUCGUUUGGAGGACUUCAAUUGAUGUUAAGAGGAGACCCUCUGAUGAUGCGCAAGUUCAAAGUUGAUCAAAAGAUGUUUCUUCUCUUGAGGAAGAUCUGAAAACAUGAGGCUCCUGGAAUGUGUUGUAUUGUUUGAACAAGUUCUGAAAUUGCAGAAAACCCAAGGUAUCAGAGAAUGUGGGAGUGAUGUUCUUCUGUUACAAUAGAAGUUUGGAAAAUAGAUUAUGAUUUGUGUUCAUAAAUUAUGCUUUUAAUGAUGCAUUCAGUUUGUCUGUGAGAUGAUAAUUUGGUUUAGCAUCCAUAAUUCAAAUUUCAAAUGCAAUACUUAUAUUCUGGUA